AUGCAAUUUCUUUACCCUACUGCAAUUGUAGGGGGCACAGUUCAGUCAAACGCGCAAGUGGUCUUUCAUGAGGUCGACCAGAGUGUCUUUAUCUUUAUGGUGACUAAUUGCUACGUUUCGGUCUACCAUUACUCCACGGUUGACGAGAACCCUUCAGUCACUACUGCAGGCUUCUGUGUGCUAUUGGAAACAAAGGAGUCUUGUAGAAUCACAGCAAUUGCUAUACAGGGUGAAACUUUAUUUGCUGCCGCAUCCUCUGGACUUACUAGAAACAGUGAACAAAAGGACGGCAUUAAUCCACUACACAGCCCUCUCAAGGAGGGGCACUCCUCUAGCUAUCUGUUUGCAGGGAGCGUUACACAAUUAAUGCGGCGAUACACCACAGACCCUGGGACAGCUGGUAUAGCCUUUCUAAGCCCAUUACCGGCAGAGUUGACCCUUCGAAUCAAGGAGCCAAUCGUUCUUCUUAGAAUUGUUGGAUUAGCCACUCCAGAUUCUCCCGACACUAGCAUGCGACCUAGCAAUGCAGAUGAGUCGCAAUACAGCACCGUAAUCGCCAUUGUAACGCAGAGUGGGAAGUUCUACUACACUUAUAAUAACUCUCCAGAGAUCUGUGCAGUAGCUCUGAAAGCCCCCUGCACUACCAUCGUUGAGUGCCCAAGAUCUACCAAUAUUUCGCAGCUAUUUUUGGGCGGAGUGGGAUAUGUUGCAAUGGUGAGUCCGUUUGAUGGCGGGAGCGUACGGUAUAUCGAUCUGAGCCAAAUGUCAAAACAAGGAGAUAGUACCCCAAUUAACAUCGUCUCCAUCGUCAAGUAUGGCCGAUACAUUUAUGUCUUUUCCGAUGAUAGCCGCGUGCUGCAGGUUAAGCUUAGCGACGGAAAGGCUCUACGGACAUUGAAUCGACCUAUUCAUGUUUUUACAGUGCUCGGGGUAACGCAGAGCAGCGAGCUUUUCCACUGCUACGGCACUAAUGGGGUCGUUCGCUUACUUACCUGUGAUACUCUUAAGCUCUACCACAAGGUAACCAUUAGCUCUUUCAAGCACCUACACUACUACUCCUCUUCUUCAAUUGUAGCUAUGCAUGUGUCCAAGUCUGGAAUAUGUUCUGUUUUAGAAGAUAGCACGAUCGCCAUUUACAAGCAAGAAUCCCCCUCAGAUGAGGCGCUCAAGAAUCCGCGGAGCAUGUUGCGAUCGCGAGCAGGAGCACCCAGCAGUGGAGAUGGAUGUGCCUCGGCAAACACCCACGCCCGUGAUUCAAAUACUCUUGUGCUAGCGAGCGUGUUCUAUGGACAUACUCCUUUUUCAGAUAGCAUAUUCCUGGGAGAAUCUAUCACGUACUCAUAUGCACAGACUCCAGGUAACCCCUGUUACCUGUCGAUUCGUGGAGCAGAGUAUGGGCAGGUGCACUUCUUCGAUGUCUUCCCUCACUACAUCAACUUCUUCUCUUUAGGUGAGCUUGUGAUAGGCUUUUGCACAACAGCUGAAGCUACGCGGAUAAAGCUAUUGGCCAAGGCGGAUCCUCUUUCCACUGUUUGCAUGGUUAUAUAUAGUAUCAACGCGAGAAAGUUCAUUCUCUCUUACUCCUUUAAGAAGUUUACCAAGGUGGAUUUACUGACAGCAAGCUUUACUCCAGACGACAAGCUGCAGAUAUACUUUGUUGUUGACGGAAACAUCUUCUAUUUCCGGAAUCUGGAUGUGAAGCAAUCAGCCUUUCACAAUAUUGUGCCUCUUUGUGCUAAGUUGCCGCACCUGAAAGCAGCGGACGCUUUUACUUCAAUCAUCACGCCUCAGGUGCCGAACUUCUGCUAUUGCUUGACUAAAAUGGGGUCUAUCUACCAAGUGGCGUUUGGCACAGACAUCAAGACGCAUACGCGUACAAUUUUCCAGCCCCCACAAGAUGUCAUAGAUGUGUUUGGGGUACACAUAAGUCCAAAUGGAAAGUAUCUGCUAGUGGGUAUCACCUCUAUGAUUGAUUCCUCCCUCAAAAACUCUCCUACCGAUUCCUAUCUUCGGUCUGACGUCUUCAUAAUUAAUAUAGACAGAGAGAGCACUAGAAUAUUGCUGAAGCAAAAUAUUGUUGAAACGCUGUCAUUAUCGGAGAUACCGGAGGGUCCAAACGCAUUGGCAGUCGGCUAUCUCGGCCGUAACAGCGAGACUUUGCCAAGAAACGGCAAAAAUACCUCCACUGGAUUUGCUAAUAUGGUCAGUAAUCAAGGGGAUCUUUCAGACAUGAUUUAUGCUGUAUUCUUUAAAUACAAAAGCCUUAUUAGCAUACGUUCUGUUAUUCUCAAUAAAAGAAUUGCAUUAGUUAAUUCACUUCAACUUGACUCUUCUUUGCACAACCAUCAGCUAUAUAUUAACAAUUAUGGAAAUCUUAUCGUUUAUGUAGCUAACGAUAAGGCAAUCGUUAAGUUUUCACCGCUGUCUGUAGCCGCGUUCCACUCAUCAUUGCAAUUGCAGACCUCAGCCAGAAGUUCCACAGAUGAUGUUCCCUCAUCCACUGACUUUGUAUUUGGAGAGGGGACAUACUUUGAUGAGGCUGACUCCGGGAUUCUACUUCCGAGGCCAAUCUCUACAGAGCUCACGAUAAAGCUAGAAGCAACAUACACAGGUAUAAACCCUGGAAAGCACGGUAUAAGCGAUCACAUUCAGCCAUCUGAUAGACACUCUAAUUGGGGAGCCGAAUCUCUGGAAUGCGCUCUUUCUGCACACAACCUUUCUACAAAAGGGAAUGGACACACUGGUGAUUCUCAAGAGCAGCAAGAUACAAUGCAUAAUGAUUCCAAAUAUGCUUCCCUAAGUGAGGAUUCCGACCUUUCAAACGCUGUGUUAGAGGCGUAUGAGUACAAUAUGCAGACUGUGAACGCAAACCAAGCACCGAAGCUAACAGAAACAACCCUAGAUAGUAUAUUUGAAAAUGUAGACAUCCUUGACGAGGAAUCCGUACUGAAGAGGCUCGACUCUAAAGAAGCACGCCAAACCCUCUCCGAGUCCAUUAUUUUGACAAUGAAGGAUAUCCUGUUGAGCAAUGAUUCAUCACCGUUGGCGCCUGACAAAGGAAGCGCACAAAAUACUCCGAUUAUGCCGUCUCUGGCCUCACCUCCAGGCUCUGCACGUCAGCAUUCGCCCCCUUCCCAAUUACCACCAAUCACCCCUAAGGUAAAAGCCGCUAUUUCUCCAGAUGUUUCAGCACGUAUAAAGGUAGGCAAUCUAAAGCCUGUCAUAAUUUUCAACGAAAAUGUGGGUCAGAUAACAUCUGCUGCUCUUCCAGAGUCAAAGUUCGAAACAGCCUCAUCAGUGCAGCACAUCCCACAGGAAAAAAAGGAGGUGGAGGCAGGAAGUCUCCCUACGUCUCCAGCAUCGAAGCCAGAGCCGGAACCAGAGCCAUCCAAGGAAGCAAAGCCUAUUGGUACGAUCUUCUCACCCAGCGGGCAUGAUGAAUUCAACAAUACAAUAAAGCCACCUGGUGAUUCUAAAGCCGCCGGAGACGCGAAGAGAGUCAUAGAGGCUAUAGAUUUGAGUAUGUCUAUCAAGAAAUCAUCUACGCUUUUGCAAAGCAUAUCUGCUGCACGCAUGAAUAUAGCUGCCGCCUUGGCUGAACUAGAGAACUUACGGGAGCAUUGUAGUGAAGACGAAUAUGCCAGUAUUCUAACCUCUGCAGCGCCUCAGCUUCAAGAGGAGGCAAAGCACUUGAGCCACGUGCAAUAUAAAGUAUCAACACUUGCAACACUCCAUUCUUCGUCCUCUAUGCUGACGUCAUCUGCAGAAGCCUCCAAGGUCACACCCCACAGCCCGACGAACAGCGUAUUAUCCCAGUACAUUGACGCUGAUGGCCACAUACCUGCCAGUCAAUUUGAGAGUAUACUGGCUCAGUUUGGGAACAACCUGAUUCAAUCACUGAAGAGUUUGAUUAGUCGGCCGAGCAUUGAGAGUGGUGAGGGAGCCCCUUCACAAAGCCAACAACCGCAGCCAUUAUCUGGUGCAGCUUUGGCGAGUGUCCUCCAGGUUCCUCUCUCACCAAAAUACCCUAGUAAAUCUUAG